AUGACAGACAUCAAAUCGGAUGAGGGCCUCGAGGCGCCUAAUAACAAUGAACAUAUUAACUUCCAUCACCCAUACACCCCAUAUGAUGUGCAACUCCAGUUCAUGCGCACUGUCUACAAUAUUCUCGAGAAGGGCGGCGGUCAAGUCGGCAUUUUGGAGAGUCCCACUGGCACUGGCAAAUCCCUUUCUCUGAUCUGCUCAGCUCUCACAUGGUUGCGCCAUCACAAGAGGUCUCGCUUUUCUGCCUCUUUUGACGAGACCUCCGCAGCGAUGGCCGGCGAGCCAGACUGGAUGAUUGAGGCUGCAUUAAGGAGGAAAAGGCAAGAGCUGGCGCGUCUGUGGGAAGAAAGGGAGGCUGCCUUGAGGAAAGCCAGGGAAAAGGAACGACAGGAGGAAGAAAAAGCUGCCAUGGGGCUGCAUGGGAGGAGUGUAAAAAGGGCCCGUGUCGACGAUGGAGAGUAUGGGAAACGGAAGAAGGGGGAGAUUGAUGAGGAGAGGGAGUUCUUGGUGGGCGAUUGGGCAGAUGGUACUGUAACUGGUGAUGGUUUGGCUGGGCUCAGUAAGGAGACGAGGGAGUUGAUGGCCAAGGUUGGCCUGGGAGGAGCUCAGGGGAAGGAAGGGGAAGAAGAUUGCUCUUUGAUAGAAGAGGAAGUCAAGAUCUACUAUACCUCCCGCACACACUCGCAAAUCGCACAGUUUAUCGGCGAACUUCGAAGACCAGCCUUUCCUACCUCCAUUCCCGAGGACAUGUUGUCCACAGACAAUCUCGGAAAAGGCCCGCCAACAGAACCAGUCAAGCAAGUCCCCUUAUCUUCACGGCAGAAGCUCUGCAUCAACCCAUCUGUAGCACGGCUCAACUCCCUCUCCGCGAUCAACGACCGGUGUACAGAACUUCAGCAAGGCAAAUCCGGACACAAAUGCCCCUUUAUCCCCAACGCCGACAACCUAAAGCAAGUGCACGAAUUCCGUGACACAGUCCUCGCCUCUUUACCUGACAUUGAGGAUUUGUAUCGCGUGGGCAAGGACCUCCAAGUGUGUCCGUACUACGCCUCGCGCGAGGCCAUCCCCGGUGCUGAGGUCGUCACGUUGCCGUAUCCCUUGCUCUUGCAGAAGAGUGCCAGAGAGGCUCUAGGGAUCAAGUUAGAGGGUAAUAUCGUGAUUAUCGAUGAGGCUCAUAAUAUCAUGGAUGCCAUUGCGAAUGUCCAUGCUGCAGAGAUCCGGUUGAGUGAGCUCAGAAGGGCUAGGGAGAUGUUGGGGGUUUAUGUCAAAAGGUUUGGAAAGAAGUUGAAGGGAGAGAAUAGGAUGAUGGUUGCUCAGGUUGGGAGGGUUGUUGAGUCGCUUAGUGAGUGGUUAAACACGGCGUUGAAUGGAAAGGGCGACCACGGUAUUGUUGACUCCAAUUCCCUACUUAAGGCUCGCGGCGCGGACCAGAUUAAUCUCUAUCAACUAAUCAAGUACAUCCAAGACUCAAAGCUGGCAUACAAGGUAGAAAGCUAUGUCAGUCACAAGGAGGAAGAGGAAGCACAAGGGCAAGGCAAAACUAGCACAACAACACCCGUCCUCCAUACACUGGUCUCAUUUCUCUCAGCGCUUACCAACCUCAGUACGGAGGGUCGAAUCUUUUACGAGAAGCUCUUGACGACACCAUCAGACAUCAAACUCUCCUACCUUCUCUUAUCCCCUACCCAUGCGUUUUCAUCCAUUGUCUCAGCGGCACGAGCCGUUAUCCUCGCGGGUGGCACUAUGUCGCCGUUCGAUGAUUACAAGGCACAUCUUUUCCCCAUGCUCUCUGAAGACAAGAUCACAACGCUCAGUUGCGGGCACGUCAUCCCCUCGUCCAACUUGUUUGUCUGGACACUCGCUUCAACCAGACCGGGACAACAAGGAAGUGCCGCAGCGUCCGAUGCAUUCGAGUUCAGCUUCCAGAAGCGUAGCGACCCGGCCAUGAUCCGACAACUUGGCCUAGUCCUGCUUAAUAUAUGUUCUGUUGUUCCUGACGGUGUGGUUGUCUUCUUCCCCAGCUACAGUUACCUGGACGAGGUGGUAGCAGCUUGGCAAGCGCCUGAGACUCAAAACGGCCCUUCGGUAUCGUUCCAGCGAAAACAAACCCUAUGGGAUCGGCUUGCGGCCAAAAAAACUCUGUUCCGAGAGUCCAAGGGGGGCUCGAGCGACGAGAUCCUGCAGCAAUACAGCGACGCGAUCUUCUCGGCUGGCACGGCGAGCAGGCAGCAGCUGGACCCCACAGGGCGCGGCGGCGCUCUUCUGCUCAGCGUGGUCGGCGGCAAGCUUUCUGAGGGCAUCAACUUCUCGGAUCGGCUCGGCCGCUGCGUCGUCGUCGUCGGCUUGCCGUACCCGAACAUUAACUCGCCCGAGUGGAAAGCUCGGAUCGAGUAUGUCGAGACAGCUGCAAUCGCACGGUUAACCAGCUCAAAAACAUCACGGUUCGAAGGAGAAGGUGACAAAACCCAGUCCCGGGCUCUAACUAGGGAAGAAGCCCUGCCACUUGCUCGACAGGUAGCUCGGGACUUCUACGAGAAUGCUUGUAUGCGUGCGGUCAACCAGAGUAUCGGCCGUGCGAUUCGCCAUCGCGGUGACUAUGCAGCUGUUGUGCUUAUCGACCGGCGCUUUGGCACAGACAGAAUCAGGGGCAAGCUGCCUGGUUGGAUACGGCAAGGGAUGGUUGAGGGAUCUGAGAACAAGGGAUUGGCGGGGUUGAUGUCAGGGUUAGGGAGCUUCUUUCGGGGGAGGUCAGGAUAG